AUGCCGCCUGACCAGCCUGACGAUCAGUCUCGCCUUUCCAAGCGACACCGAAGGGCGCGUUCAGUCACUAUGGAAUACUCCAGCGAGGUCAUAGAUGUCAGCGACUCAUCGGAGCCUGGAGCCAGCAGCUCGCGCAAGCACGAUCGCCACGAGAAAGAUGCUCAAGUUGAGGGCCCAAACAAGCGGCACAAGCAGAACAGGGGCAGCGAGCCUCCGAUGCGUAAGGAUACGAUCAUGAUCCCAAGGGCAAAGCGAAAGAAAUCGAGAAAAGAAAUUGACCAUUUGAAAGCCUCACGCACCAGCAACCAUCAAGAGCUCAAGGAGAGGGUCAAGGAGCUCAAGGAGACCGUCGAGGCUCUCGAGUGCGAUUUGAAGAGUGCCAGACGGGCGCACGACGACAAUAACCGAGAGAAUCAAGAAAACCUCAAGUGGCACGCUACAGAGCUCAACAUUCUACAAGCACGAUGCAGUGAACAGGAUGAUGAGCUCCGACAGCAACAGCAAAUUGUCGAGACUGAACGUCAGGAGAACGAAACCCUGCAGCGCAAGUUGAAUGACGCUGCCAAUGACGUCGAGACUUUACGGCUCUCAUGCCAGAACAAGGACGAGGAGCUGAAGGGCAAGGAGGAAGUCAUCGCUGCUAAGCAGGAAGAGCUCGAUGAAAGCAAGCACCGAUCUGCAUCCUUCGAGGAAUGUUUGUCUGACGCGGAGCUCGAGCUGAAGUGCAAAUAUAAGGCCAUAGCUGCUUUGCAGAAAGAGCUUGAUGACAGCAAACGCCAAUCUUCAUCCCUCGAGGAGUUUUUGGCUAAAAUGAAACUCGAGCUCAAGGGCAAAGAUGAGGACAUUACUUCCUUGCAGAAAGAGCUUAACGACAACAGGUCCAAAUCUGCAGCCCUCGAGCAGGCCUUAGGUGAAGAGAAACGCGCACUCAAAGCUGCGAAGCGGGAUCAGUCUGAUUGUCGAAAAGAGCUCGCAUUGACCUACGAGAAGUUGCGUUCCAGGGUGCAGGAACUGGAUCAGGCCAACACUGCCCGUGAAGAGGUCGAGAAGAAGAACGAGGCACUCCAUGUCAUCAAUGACCAAAACGGGCACCGAAACCACAAUACUCUGUCACGAGAAAAGAAAGCCAAGGAUGCACUCGAGUCGCUGAAAACGGAACAUAAAGACAAAGCCUCGGAAUUUGAGGCAGAGAAGGCUGAGCUUCAGACUCGAUGCACGGAGCUCCAGGGGAACCUGGAGGCCAAGAAGGAGGAGCAUAACCAGAUGAUCGCCAACCUCCAGCAGAAGCUAAAGGCAUCUCGUCAACAGAGUCAGCGGUACAACUACAAGGAGCCGGAUGAGAAGAUCAAGAAAGACUUCGCGAACCUGGAGUCCAGCAUUCGGCAAUUUGUCGACAAAUGCGCGCGGCCAGUCCUCAACGCUACAGACCAGGAGCUGGAGACUGCCUGGCCGAACUGGUCACUCGAACUGCGCAAUUUCUUGGCAUCUCCCUUGCUAUGCAACCUGGUUCUUGAGGCAUACGUAUGGGAAUGCGUGGUUGCAAGGAUAUUCACACCAGGAUCGAACAUCUGGGCUGGCGACUUGGGACGGGCUAUGGAGAGGGCUCUAGGCAUAGCAGCUUCUGAAAUCGCACAAGCAGGAUUCGAGAGCGACCUGUACAGCGAUCUCCAAUACUUGCGGUCAAGCUCGAGCAGUCUCAUUAGCCGCCUGAACUGCGCAGAUUUCCGACCCAAGUACUUUGAUUCAGACGUCAAAGCCAUGACCUCGACGUUGGCAAAGCUUUGUGGACUCGAUGAAAUCCAUGACACAAUGUGGGCUGAUGCGAUGAACAUUUUCAAGGAUGCUCGAGAAUUCGAAAUCCAGCUCAGGUUGUUGAAAGCCACAUACAACGUCCGCAUGUACAAGCCCGUCACAGGCCCACGAAGACUCAAGUACGGAUUCUAUUUUGCCGACGAGGUGAUGGAUAACCGUUCUGCAAACUGGAGCCGCAAGAGUCCUGAAAAGGCUCCAUUGGUGGACUUCAUCAUGUGUCCGGCGCUGUACAAGCGAGGCAACAACAGCGGCGCAAGUUAUGAAACUAAGACGUGCGUGAUCAAAAUGGGCGUGGUUUGCAAUGCAACAGAGCUUUGCCUGAAGCCCGGAUCAUCCGCUUCAGCACAAUCGAGCUCCGCACGGGCUCAGAAGGCUCUUUUCUCAGGUGAAGCCAAGCAGGAGAUCGGAGGUCACGCAUCGCGAAACCAACCAGAUUCCACGGCGAACAAAGCCAAGGAGGGAUCAUCCAUGUCAAACCCGUUCCUCGUCAACCCCGAGGAGACAGGCCCGGAGCAAGGUGUUGACCCUUUGUCCGCUCCAGGCGUUACCUACGACUCUCCAGCGCCGAAGUCGCGCGAUGCUGCCCCGAAUAUGAGGACCCGGAGCCAAGCACCGCCAAAGACCGGCAGCAAUGCGCAUGACGAGAGACCCAGUACCAAAUCAACAAGCAACCAUGCCCAUCCUACGGGAGCAGCAAGGGGCCGAGGGGGUGGGUCCUCCGCGAAGACGACGAGACAGAGCAAAGAGUCUGACCCGGAGGCGGAAUGGAUCCCGAAGAAUUAA